AAGUGGGCGGGUGAUGGUCAAAGGGCGGUAACUCUAGUUUUGUUUACAAAUUAUUUUGGUUGAGACAAAAUGCCUCUUAAAAAUAUCCCCAAGUGCCUGUCACCAAGCCUCCUGCAUGCACUGGCAUCUAUGGGACAUGGAGAUGAAAUUGUACUAGCAGAUGCCCAUUUUCCAACAUCAGCCUUGUGCAAAAAUGGGCCAUUGGAAUUAAGGGCAGAUGGAGUUGAUAUACCAACACUCCUUGAUGGAAUCCUUCAGUUACUUCCUCUUGACACUUAUGUUAAAUGCCCAGUAGCUUUAAUGGACCCAGUCCAAAGUGACAAAGACAGCAACAUACAGAUUCCUGUAUGGGACAAAUACAAGGAGAUCGUGAAGCAAAGGGAGGGACCAAAUGUGGAGAUUGAAUUUGUGGAAAGAUUUGCAUUUUAUGACAGAGCCAAGACAGCUUAUGCAAUAGUCCACACAGGAGAGAUGGCCAAGUACGGGAACAUUAUUUUGAAGAAGGGGCUGGCUCUCUAAGAAGAAUGACAUUCUGCACCAAACAGCACAUCUUUAUUUACCAGAAGAUAACAUUAUAUCAAUCAUUGAAGAGACUUGAAAUUUUCACAGCAAUAAUUUAUUCAACAUUCAACAUUUACAAUUCAUUUAAAAUCAUUUUUAUACAUGUAUACAUAUAUUUAAAUAUUAAAUGUUUUAAACAAUA